CUGUGUCCUUCCGUCCUUCCACCAUUGGAACACACGCUCUGAACUCCCACUCCGGAUAAAUAAAGCGCGUUUUCGUUUCGUGAAGAUUUGUCUCGCUUUGUCACUUCUCUCAUUCUAGCUCAUAGUUAGGGACGCUCAAAAACUACUCUGCAGAAGAGUCCUGACCGACGAGGAGCCUGAGGCAAGCGCCAACCGGAAGGAGUAAUUCACAAAGUGAUAGUGUUCCGGGUCUGACCAGCUGAACGAUAGAGGGUCACGGAAGGUUCCGCCUCAUAUUUGAAGUUUUCUUCUUGAGGAUCUCGUCUACAAGUGACUGCAGAAUUGAGAAUGACAAAGUAUUAAUCUUGGAGUAGACAACUUGCAUUCAAAUAACAGCUCUACCUCUAUCUAGUUAGUGAAUAAUCACAAUAAAGGUGCUGAAAUGAAUCGUCACCUGUGUGUUUGGCUUUUUAGACAUUCAUCUCUUAAUGCUUAUCCCCAGCAUCACAUACACCUGCAUUCUCAUCAGUUUAGACAAAUACAUCUGUCUACAAAACCAUUUAGACAAAAUAGGAAUCACAUUCUCCAUCAUCUGUUAAGUAAGAAUUGGUCCAGGAGUUAUUGUCAUCAGGAUACCAGGAUGCUCUGGAAGCAUAAAGCACUACAGAAAUAUGUGGAAGACUUAAAUAAGGAGUAUCAAGCACUUGGUCAGUGUUUGCAGGAUAAAUCUUUGAAUGAAAGGGACCAAAAGUCCUUGAACCAAAGGCAUGCUGAGUUGGCACCACUUGCAGCCAUUUGCCAAGAAAUUCAGGAGGCUGAACAAACAAUUAAAGAAUUAGAAUCAAUGUGUGAAAGUCUAAAUAAACAAGAUGAGAAGCAGUUACAAGAACUUGCAUUGGAAGAAAGGCAAAUCAUUGAUGAAAAAAUCAACAUGCUGUACAGUGAGCUUUUUCAGAGUCUAGUGCCAAAAGAGAAAUACGACCAAAAUGAUGUUAUUUUAGAGGUGACAUCUGGAAGAACUACUGGAGGUGAUAUCUGUCAGCAAUUUACCCGAGAAAUAUUUGACAUGUACCAGAAUUAUUCGCACUAUAAACACUGGAAAUUUGAACUUGUGAAUUAUACACCAGCAGAUUAUGGUGGACUACAUCACGCAGCUGCUCGAAUUUCUGGUGAAAAUGUCUUUAAGCAUUUGAAGUAUGAAGGUGGAAUUCACAGAGUCCAGCGAAUCCCUGAGGUGGGGCUGUCAUCAAGAAUGCAGCGUAUUCACACAGGAACAAUGUCAGUCAUUGUCCUUCCUCAGCCAGAUGAGGUAGAUGUGAAAGUUGACCCCAAGGAUUUGCGAAUAGAUACAUUUCGAGCCAAAGGAGCAGGAGGGCAGCAUGUUAAUACAACAGACAGUGCUGUUAGGCUUGUCCACAUCCCCACAGGGCUAGUAGUAGAAUGCCAACAAGAACGAUCACAGCUGAAAAAUAAAGAAAUAGCUUUGCGUGUGUUGAGAGCCCGACUCUACCAGCAGAUUAUUGAGAAGGACAGGUGUCAACAACAAAGUGCUAGAAAACUGCAGGUGGGAACAAGAGCCCAAUCAGAGAGAAUUCGGACAUAUAAUUUCACACAGGAUAGAGUCACUGACCACAGGAUAGCAUAUGAAGUUCGUGACAUUAAGGGAUUUUUAUGUGGUGAGAAAAGCCUGGAUCAACUAAUUGAGAGACUACUUCAAUCAGCAGAUGAAGAAGCCAUUGUUGAACUUUUGGAUGAAAACCUUAAAUCAGCAAAAUAAAUAUUUGUUUAUUCUUUAUUAGCAUAUCAACAGAAUGGUCCUAUAUCAAGAAUCAGACUGACUAUGUAUAUGAUGUCAAAAUACAUUCUACUCUCAUGUAUAACUAUAAAGAACAAAUAGAAAAAAAUUAUGUAAGUCAAAAAAAAGAGUCAGACUGAGGCAUAGGAAUCUUUAUGAAUAUCCAUAGAAUACAGCUAUAAGUACAGAGUACUUAUAGAUAUUUUUUUAAUGAAUCAGUCACAUUUAUUGACUUUAAAGGUUUAAGUUUUAAUAAACAACCUGAAUUUCCAAGUAGAAAAUAAGCUGUUAUUGAAAAGAGAAAGAGCAGACUGGGGCCAUGGCUCAGUGGUAGUGUGCUCACCUAGCGUGUGCAAGGUCCUGGUUUCCAUCCUCAACACCACAUAGAAAUAAAUAAACAAAGUAAAGGUAUUGUGUACAACUAAAGAAUAAAUUUUAAAAAAGAGAGUAUUGAGAACUGAUGUGUAAUAUAAGACAGGUCACUUGUUCCCUCAUGCCUUUUCUUAAAACAAACAACCAGACCUUUUUCAUCUACCACAAGAAAAUGUAAAAUUUAGUGAUAUCAGAUUUAUACAUUAUUUAUAAACCUCUUUUUUAAAGACAAAGUACUGUUAAUUAUGUCAAAGUUAGGACUUAGACUGCUACUUUUCAAUAAAAAUGGUGAAGAAUAUGAGUCACUCAGCAUCAAUGAGCAUCUCUAGGUUACAGAUUAUACCCCAGCAUUUGAUUGCUAAAUGAAUUCUAUGUUGUAUGAAUUAGAGGCCAAUAUUCAACAUAGACUUUCUGCUUGCUUGUAUUUCUUAUUGUCCUUUGGGUCAACUUAAUAAGCAUCAACAGAUGUAAUAUGAGUAACUCAUUGUGAUCUAUUUCAUGCAGUGAUAUAUAAAACCCAAUGCUUACCUUAAAGAGAUUUUUGUUGGAUGAGAUAAUUAAACUUCUAACAGCCACUGCAGUACAUUUAGCUCCAUAGAGACAGCACAGGGCAAAUGAGAGGCAGACUGAUACCAUGUGAUUCUGUGCCUCACUGAGGAAAAUCUGCUAAACACAGUCAAAGGAGAUCCUAACAAGCUGAGAGCAAAAUGUCAUUAUAUGUGCUCUGCAAACUUGUCAGAGUGCAAGGCACUUCAAUUUCUGAGUUUUCUAAAAAGUGCUCAAUGGCAAAGGUGGAAAUGAAAACCUAUGUCAUUUCUAAAGGAAAAAAAAAAAGUUCAGGGAUUCCAUUACAUCCAAGAGAGCUCCUUCUUGUUCUCUUAUGAGUUUUGCCCCCCAAAUCAGAGGAGAACAUUUGGGCCUGUUGAUUGGUGAUGUUGCUAAGAAACUGGGAAAGAAAUGUGGAAUAACAGCUACAGGUAAAGAAACUUAAUGAAAACAAAGUGCAAGUUGAAAGAGAAACAUGAAAAGGAUAUCACUGCCUACCAAGCUAAAGGUAAGCCUGAAACAGAAAAAAAAAAAAAAAAUAAGGAGUGGUGAGGGUUGGAAAAAGCAAGGGAGAGGAGGAAGACAAGAGAUGAUAAUGAAUAAGUUGGUUCUAGUCUAUUUCUUUUUCCUUGCCUAUAAAACAUUUAAUUCCCCUAUAUACAACUCAUCCCUUUUAAAGAAGAAACUUGAAUAUAAGGGUGUGUAAGGUUUGUUUUAAAACUGUAUAAUGUCUCUUUUUGUAUAGUUAACACACUAACAAAUAUGUCUUUAUAUAGCCCUGUCCUGAUGGUAUGUCCAGUAGCCACUAAGUUUGCCUGGGGCUUGUAAAUUGGCAUGGAAAUUUAAAAUAGGCUUUUAUUGGUGCAUAGCACAAAUUAAGUUACAUAUGGGGAUGGUAGUCUUUUCAUUCUCAUUAUCUCUGAUCCAUCUUCUAUGAAAAAAUUGUUCUGUUAACUGACUACCACUCCAACUUCAAAAAAAGAAAAAAGAAGUUGCAACUUUACUACUGACAUUGAAUGCUUAUAAAUAAAUACAAUAUUUUUAUUACUUAAAUAAGUAAGUUACCAACUCUAACACAAAAUGAUAGGAUGUUGUUCUGAAGAAGGGUUAUUUUAGAUAUAUUCUUCAGACAGACUAUUAAGAUCAAGUUCUAAGACUAACGUAAUUAUUUGGAAGAAAAGAUGGGAGAAAAAUGUCUUCCCAGGUUCUUAUUUCAAAAAUGUUCAAGCAUACAGAGAAGUUUUAAAAAUUAAAAUUUUAGGUGAUUUAUUAUACACUGUUUAUCUAGAUUCAUCUAGAGUUAACAUUUUACCCCAUGUGGUUUUGGGGGAGUUUGUGGGUUUUUUUCUUUUUCUUUUUUUUUCUGUUACACACACAUUACACUACACUCUGUGAUCGGGCUUUGUGAUAGUUGCAGAUUUCAUGAGACUGCUCCAAAAUAUUUCAGCAUGCAUCUUCUAAGAGUAAGCAUGUUCUACAAACUCAUAACUUUAUUAUCAUAUCUAAUAAAAUUAACAAUUAUAUAACUAUUAUAUAUAUUACAACAUAAUAGUUAUCACUUACUAAAAUUUCUAUAUCUGUUUUAGCUAGUUUUAUCCAAUCCGGGAUCCAACUAAGAUUCACACAUUGCAUUUGGAUGUAUCACCUUGGUUUAGGUUAAUCCCCUUAACUUUCUUCCCCACAUGACAUUGACUUUUUGAAGCUCAACAAUGGCAGGAACAUUUGCAAUUUAUUCUAGUUAACACAUAUCCAAUGAAAGGCUGGAACUUCCCUUCCUUAGAGCAUUUACUAAAAAGGUAAUUGUAAAUACGUAUCUCCUGCAAUUCAAGCAUCUCUCUCAAGGACCUGAGUCAUUUUUUUGUAAUGUAAUCAUCAAGAAGGACAGGGCCUCUGUCUCAGUCUGUGGGUGGAUUGAAUCCCAACUUUGGUCACUGCAGCUAGCAGACACCGUUGGCUUCAUUGCAUGUACAUUGACUAACCCUUUGUACUAUUUCACUUCUCUACUGAGCCCUUGUAUCCUUCCCUCCCUCAUCUUCCUUAAAAAUUCCUAAACUUGGCUUGUGUGGUGGCACACACCUAUAAUUUCAGCAACUCAUGAGGCUGUGGCAAGAGCAUCACAAGUUCACCCAGCUUGAGCAAGUUAGUGAGACCUUGUCCCAAAAUUUUAAAAAGGGCUAUAUAUGUAGCUCAGUGACACAACAUCCAUGGGUUCAACCCCCAGUACCAAAAAAAGAAAAAAAAUCCCAAAUUAAUUCUGCACAAAUCUGAAUGGAACUCAGCUCUUCCACCUACUGUCAGUUUCUUUUCACUUCUUUAAUAUCUGUCUUUAUUCAUCUUUGACAAUUUGGCUAGAACAUAAUGAAGCAUUGGGAAUUAUAAAACAGCAGGGUUCUCAUUCUUCUAUAUUUAUCUUUAAUAUUUUUUUACAUUUGCAAUUCUGAGGCUGAAACUCAGGCCCUUCCAUAUACUAGACAGGAGCUCUAUUGCUGAGCUACAUCCCAACCCAGCUGGCCAUCUUUUUAAAAACACUUCUUCAGAGUUGAGAGAUUAUUUAAUCCUAAUUGAAUCAGUGCCAUUUAGGGUCAGUGCUGUCCCCUAAAACAACUGAUAUUGUAAUAUUGUAACAUUGGUCCACUUUAUGCUUUGAAUAUAACUCAUGCUGCUCUGCCACUGCAACUUGUUUUUAAAGUGGAUAUGUUUCUUUCUCUUUCUCUCUCCAUGCUCCUCCCUAACCUCUCUUCCUCCCUAAUCUCAGGGGAAACAGGAUUACCUUUCUUCCCCAUUUUAGACAGAGUUAUCUAUCCCUGAGUACACACUCACCAUAGAAACGAAGUAAUCCGGACUUUGAGGAUGGUACCAGAAAAUCUCAUAAAUGGGUAUCUCCAAGUUUACAAGUGAAUUAUAAUUCCAGACAGAGAACACAUGGAAUGUAGCCUUUGAGCCACUUCUUUGAAAGUCCCCUGUUCCUGCUGAUUGGCAGAUUCACAGCCUUUGGGACAGGAGUUCCUUGUGUUUUUCCUUUGCUAGCAAAGCAGUAAACCUUUUUCCUUUUUCUCAAAACCGUAUCCUCGUUAUUGGAUUGGCAUCAGGGACAAGGACUGAGCUUUUGGUAACAAUAUCUCUGGAGAAUUUGACUUAAUUGAAAAGAAUAUUGAAUUGAAUGGAGCAUUACAGAGUAAAAGAUUUUGUUUUCAAGCAUUUUACAUAACAUUUAUCCAAAGAAAUAUGAAUACUAAAUAUUCUGUGAAACAAUAAAAAAGGAGAUCCCUUUUUUAUUAUAUAAAAAAUUUAUAUAUUUAUAUAAAUUUUUAUUAUAUAAUUUUUUAUUACAUUAUGUCAAAUAUGAGAUUAUAUAUAAUUUUUUUAAUUCUACCAUUUUUUUUCAGGAAAAAUACUAACACAAAUCCCAAAGCUUGAUUUCUGGAAAAAAAAAAUUGUUAAUUUGAGAAAGUAAAAAGUUGUAGGAGGGAAAGCAAGAGAAGGGGGUAUUGAUUUCUAACCAUCCAUUCAUGUGAUAAUUGGUUUAACAUUCUAUACAUGCCCAAGAAGGGAGGGGUCUAAGAGGGGAAGGGGGAGAAAGGGAAAUUGUUUCUUCAGUGAAAGUGAGAACCUAAUGUGUCCAGUUGUCCUGCUUUGACCAAACUGUGGUACUGUCCACCCUUCUCUUGCCUUCCCUCUUCCUCCAGCUUUGACUUUUCCUUAAAGCUACAAUUUACAUGGAAGAAAAAGGAGUGAAACCUCUGAUGUUGAUUCAGUAGGUCUGGGGACUGUGAUUCUGCAUUUCUAUCAAACUCUCAGGUAAUGGUGGAGAUUGCUGAUCCACAAAUAAUACUUGGAGUAGCAAGGAUCUAGGAUGUCUAUUAUUCAGCUAGGGAGUUCUUCCUGUUGUAAUGCACCUUAUUUUCAUACUGUGAGAUUCAAUUAUAUUUGUAAUACUGCUUCACUUAGUAGAUCUAUUAGUUUUCCCAAGCACAAAGAUAAACUUGACAUCUUUAGGAGCUGGGUGCAGUGGCACAGGCCUGUAAUUCCAGCCACUCAGCAGGCUGAGGUAGGAGGAUUGCAAGUUUAAAGCCAUCCUUAGCAAUUUAGGGAGGCCCUGAGAAGCUAAAGGAGACCCUGUCUCAAAAUUUUAAAGAGGGCUGGGGAGAUUCUCAGUGGUACAGUGCCCCUGGGUUACAUUCUCUGGGGAUGAGGGUAGGGGAGAAAGGAAGUCUGUAGAUGCUAUUUAAAAAUUAGAGUAAGAACAAUACCUGUGGCAGUGCCUGACUAUGCACACCAGAUAUUGGGUUGCUAGAGUCAGGUGAGAGAAGGUGAUAGUUAAUCAUUUACAAAUGGUACUGAAGCCUCAAUUCUGAGGUCAGCUGAUGCUGUGCUUUUAUGGGCCUCUUAUGAAUCAAAGCACAUAAAGAUUGCUAUACAGGCCAAAUGAGUGAAAUGUGUUACAGUGGCGACGAAUGGGUUCCUGAAAACAAAAUCCUCAGAUACUUAAGACACCAAUGUGCAGAAACACAGAGGUCUUCAAAAUCCAAUCAGGACAAAAUUCAAAGAUAAAGUUGAGAGGCACUGCCCCAGGAAAGAAGACAUCUGGUCUUCAAGUAAAAAUUACUGGGCUUAGUAGCAUAUGCUUACAUUCUCAGUGACUUCUUAUUCCCAGUGAUUUCAGAGGCUGAGGCAGGAGGAUUGCAAAUUCAAGGCCAGCCUUGGCAGCUUAGCAAGACUUUGUUUCAAAAUAAAAAGGGAUGAGGAUGUAGCUUAAUGGUAGAGCACUCUUAGGUUCAAUCCCCAGGACCAGAAAGACAGGUCACCCAGAAAUGGAAAUGGUGGAGUAUAAGUGAGACACCUUAAUCUUCUCAGAAGGGUGCAAGUAGAUGUGAUUGUUGAAAACAUGAAUGGAGAUGAAGUUAAAGAUUCCUGAAAAAUGAAAUGAUGGCUUUUUAUGGUUAAGACUAAAUUACAAGACAAACAGCUCUUUACGUCUUCUUAUCAAGAAGAAUGUGGAUUCCGUUGCAGAGAAUGAUGCAAAUUACAAGAAAGCUCAAGGAAACAGAUAAUAAGGAGCAUGCUAGUAAUAAAGUUGUGGCAAGAAAAAAAGAAUGCUUGGGUGUAAUGUUGGGCACUCAACUACUCUACAAAUUUGAAAAACCCGGUUAUGCAGAUCCUUGCACAUCAUCCAGAGGUGCUCAACUUCCCUUAUGGUGCACCACAUCUACUGAAUAAUUUUCAUGAAUUGGAGCAAUGUUUGCCUAUAUAACUCUAGAUAAGAAUCUUUAUGACUGAAAUAUCUUUAUGAUGAUUUCCUAGCAAAGAAGUUUGCAACCUUGUUUAGUGCCAGUAAUUAUGAAGGGGCUCCUCUGAGAGUAUAUAUAACUCACAGUACAUAAAAUAUAUAGAUCUGAAGGGUACACUUCAUUGGGUUUGGCAACUGCACUCAUUCACCCGUUUCAUCACCUGCCCAAACAAGAAGGAAACACUUACAUCAGCCCUGAAAGUUUCCUCAUUUUCCUUUCCAGUCAAUCUAGCAGUCUGUUAAACCCCCACCCCUCACUCGAGAAUGGCAGCUGCUGUUAUGAUUUUUAUACAUCAAAGCUUAUUUUCACGGUUUUGGAACUUCACAUAAAUGAUUAUCCAGUAUGGACUCUAGUUGAAAUGGUCAUAGAGUAUGGACUAAUUUAUCUGAUUUCUUUUACACAACAUUCAAUUUUUGAAGAAUUUUCUAUAUUAUUGCAUGCACCAAAGGUAAUUCACUUUUGUUUCUGAGUAGUAUUACACUAUACAAAUAUACUACUUUUUAAAAAUUCUCCUAUUGAGGUACACUUGGAUUGUUUCCAGUUCUGGCUACUAUAAGUAAAACUAUUAUGAAAAUUCUUAUACAAGUUCUUUUUUUUUAAUUUGGCGUGUGUGUGUGUGUGUGUGUGUGUGUGUGUAUGUGUAUAUGUGUGUGUUUCCAUUCUCCUUAGGCAAAUGCCUAGGAGUGAGGUUACUAGGUGUUUAAAAGAAACAACCAGAGGGCUGGGGUUGAAGCUUAGUGGUAGAGCACUUGCCUCUCAAGCAUGAGGCUCUGGGUUCGAUCCUCAGCAUCACAUAAAAAUAAAUAAAAAUAAAGAUAUUGUGACCAUCUACAACUACAAAAAAAAUUUAAACAAAAAAAAUAAAAGGAACUAACAGAGUUUUCUUUAUAUAGACAUAUCCAUUUAUAUUUGUGUUAUUAAUAGAUGGGGUGCUGAUGGCACCAUAUCUUCAAUACUUAGUAUUAUCUUUUAAAGUUUAGCUAUUCUGGUGGUGUGCUAUUUUCUCAUUUUGAAUAUAAUAUGCAUUUAUAUGAUGAUGAAUGACAUCAAGCAUCUUUUCAUGUUUUUUUACCCUUAGGUAUAUGUAUUAUGGUUAUAUUUCCAGACUAUAACUUUUAAAUUUUGUUUUCACUGCCUUUUAUCAGAAGCUUGAAUUUUUGUUGAAGUUCACUUUGCCCUUUUUUAUGAUUAUUAUUUUUCUUGGUCCUAAGCAAUCUUUGCCAACACCAAAGUAAUGGAAAUAGUUUUGUCUGUUUGUGUGUGCGGAUGUGUGUUAGUGUGUGUGUGUGUGUGUGUGUGUGUGUGUUAGAAAUUUUACAUUUUAUUUGCUUUUCCAUUUAGUACUAAGAUCCAUUUCAAAUUAACUAUUGCUUAAGGGGUCAAGGUUAAUUAUUGUGUUGCCUUCUGAUCCAGUUAUUCCAAAACUAUUUAGGAAGACCUCAUUUUCUCCAUUUAAUUGCAUUUCUAAAUUUAACAUUUUAAAUUCAGCUUUCUAAAGUUUAAAAUUGAGUUUCUCAGUUGAACAAGCUGUGUUUCAAGUACUUAACUGCUAAAUAUGCCUUCUGAGUACUACAUCAAUCAUCAAUCAUCAUGUAACAGGAAUCGUCACACUUUGAAUAUAAACCUUGCUGCUCAACCACUAGCACUUUAUUUUAAAACUAAUAUUUUUUUUCCUUCCUCUUUCCCUCUCCCUCUCCCUAUCUUUGGCGGAAGCAAGAUCAACCAUCUUCCUGUCCUAGGCCAGGUUAUCUCUCCAUCUACUCUCCAACCACAGGAAUGAGGAAUCCACCAGUUGACUUAAGAAAAGGCUCUAUUCUCAAGGCUACUGCUUGAAUAUAAAUUAUGACUCCUGAUUACUUUUGUGUCUCCCCUUUAAAAUUCCACAGUUCCCCCUGGCAGUAAUAAUCACAGGUCUUGCUCUCCUUUGCUAGCAAAGAAAUAAAAACUGCCUUUUCCUUUUUCUCAAAACUUUGUACUCAUUAUUGAAUCAGCAUUGGGGACCAAGACCAAGUAUCAGUAUCAGUCACAGAUCUUACAUUAUUUCCAAGUUGCAGUAAUCUAUGGGAAAGCAGAGAACCAGGUCUAAUAAAUAUUUUGGGUUCUGUGAAAGGUAAUCUAAACCAAAUGCAGUAAGGGGAGAUAUAAGAAAGUUAGAAAUCAAUUACUGGACUUAUAUCUAAAGCAGUCAAAUUCAUGCAGACAGAAAGUAGAAUGAGGGUUGCAGGAGUUGAGAGAAGGGGUGUUAUUGUUUAUUGAGUUUCAAGUUUGCUUGAAAUGAGUCCUGUAAAAUAAUGAUGGUGAUAGUUGCAAAACAAUGUGAACACAUCUAAUACAUACUUAAAUUUUAAUGAUAAAUUUUAGUUGUUUUUCACUGACAUUUUAAAAAAAUUUUAUAAAGUUGCUUUCCCUCUGGUUGGGGUUCAGUGUAGGUGAAUAAUGUGUGUAACUAAUGAUGACUAUGACUAACUUAAUUCUGUCUAGUAUCUUUGAGGGAUACCCCCAAACAUCACUUUUUAUGUACAAAGGAGAUACUGAAGCCCAGAACCCAACUUAGUUUAAUGUCACUACCUGGACUAUUUUGCUCUACACCCUAUUCAGCUGAUAAGAAAGAAUUAGAAAAUAUGUUGAGGGUUAUUCUCCUGCUAUGUGUAAUUUGCCUAUGCAUGCAUUACUGAAAAUUUCUUUCAUAAGGUAAUUGUAACUCAUGGAAAACUAGCAGCAGGAGCAGUCAUUGGUUUUAAAUAAAAGUUUCCAAAAAAGUCA